UCUUCUUACUUCUUCUAGGUUAACCUAGUGGUAGCCGGUCAUAGUACACGUAUCCUACAGGAUGGAGCUACACCACUUACUAGCGUAUCUGGCGAACACGACAAACAUAUUCGGUUUUACUUCGUUGAAAUUCAAUGCCCGCAUUGGUCAAUUUCAUGCCACAAGUUUUGGUCGACAAUUGUUUCAUACUGUUACAACUGGUGGAUUGUUGGCAUCGUUCACUGUAUAUGAAUUUUUCCAUUUCGAUGAUAUCUGGCCGGUGGACUACCGUGAUAGAUAUAGCAAGAUAGGGAACACCUGCUACUUCAUGGACUGCUCUAUUUAUAUUGUGCAACUUUUUUUCAUUAUGACGAUGAAUUUAUGUCGGCCGUACAGAUAUUUGAAGCUGUUCAAUCGAAUGCUGGUAGUGGAAUCAAAACUGAAAGUGCAUUUGUGUUAUCGACCCAACAUAAAAUGUAUGAUUUUGCUAACUAAAUUUAAGCAGUUACUCUUGGUGCUAUGUUACUUUGGAUGCAAUUGUACAAUGGUCAUGAUAAGAGGAGUGAUGCUAAAUUCUUGGGAUAUGUUGGAAUAUUCUUUGGCAUACAGUAGCAUGAUGGUAGCAGUCCAUAUGUACUCCACAUUAUCUUCUACAAUUGUAAGUGUGAUAACCGAUCGUUUUGGUUUUGUGAAUCAGGUGAUCGUGUCCAGUGCAACAUGUGUACAGUCAGAAAAAUCAAUACAUGAACUUCUCAUUAAAUGUUUUCAGUGCUUGGAUGAACUACAUGCUAUAACGGAAAUGUUUUCAGCUUGUUUCGGAGUGUGUCACAUGGUUUUUACUCUAACGGUUUUCUGUGAAACAACAUUACAGGCAUAUUUUCUUUGCCAAAGUUUGAUGCAUAGAGACUGAUUGAUUUUGUGAUUUACGUAUACAGCCUAUUGGUUGAUGUGCUAUGGGUUCUUUAUCAGUGGAUUAUUUUUAUUUUCAUGGUGACAGCAGUUGAAAAUCUGAAGAAACAGGCAAACGAAACGGCUCUUUGUACACGGCAUUUCGAUGACUACAGCAUGAAGAACACCAAAAUUACCAAGCAGAUCAACAAGUUUCUGCUGAAAAACUUACACCAAAAGAAAAAGUUUUCCGCCUACGGAUUCUUCGACAUCGAUAACAGUGUGAUUUAUACGGUAUUUAGCUCCAUCAUCACGUAUCUCGUGAUACUGAUACAGUUUAAACAACUGGAAAACGAUCUGACGCAAGAUGCUAAAAAUGGAAACGUUACGGAUGGCUGAUGGAAUGUAACAUCAACAAGUUAUGCACCAGAGAUGAGACUACAUUGAAAUGGAUCAGAAUAUGUUUUAAUUCUUAUUUCUGUGAUUCUGAUUAGAAAACAAUUCGAUAUUUGGUAAUGAAUAUUGCGGAUAUUAAAGUAUAUUCAAAUACACGGUUCAAAAAAAGUGAAAAUCUGUAUGGCACUGAUUGCAUAGAGGGGCAGAGUGCAGUUCAUUUUUAUUUUAUGAUAAAGGGUAAAAAU